UUGAGAAGAACAGCAAAAGAUGGCGAGCUCAAACAAUCCACGUAAAUUUAGCGAGAAAAUCGCUUUACAUAAUCAGAAACAAGCGGAGGAGACUGCGGCUUUCGAAGAAGUGAUGAAAGACCUAAACAUCACUAGAGCUGCACGGUUGCAGUUACAGAAGACCCAGUAUUUGCAACUAGGGCAGAAUCGUGGACAGUACUAUGGAGGCUCACUGCCCAAUGUCAAUCAGAUUGGAAAUAGCAACAUUGACCUGCCUUUUCAGAAUUCCGCUUUGGACACCAGUCGGUCGACCAGGCAUCACGGGCUGGUGGACCGUGUUUACCGCGAUCGGAACCGUAUAACCUCGCCCCAUCGCCGGCCCCUCUCUGUGGACAAACAUGGCCGCCAGAUUGACAGCUGCCCCUAUAGCUCCGUGUAUCUCUCACCCCCACCGGAUACCAGUUGGAGGAGGACAAACUCUGACUCAGCACUACACCAGAACACCAUGAACCCUGUGCCCCAGGAUGCGUUUGCAGGGGGAUCACAAGAGCUACAGCCUAAACGAGUGCUGCUGCUUACAGUGCCUGGGACUGAGGAGUCUGAAUCAGAUGCAGACAAGGAUACACAGUGGGAUAACAAAAAGAAUGACUCAUCAAGAACCAAGUCCUGCGAAGUCCCUGGGAUCAAUAUAUUUCCAUCACCAGAUCAGGAAGUGAACACGUCAUUGAUCCCGGCCACGCUCAAUACGGGAGGCUCCCUGCCUGAUCUGACCAACAUCCAGUUCCCCCCACCGCUUCCCACUCCGCUGGAUCCAGACGACACUGUGGCGUUUCCUUCCCUUAGCUCAUCCAACAGCACAGGCAACCUGACCACCAACCUCACCCACCUUGGCAUCAGUGCUGCCAGCCACGGGAUCACUACCACCUCUCAGCCUACCAUGACUGUGGCGGCCCAGCGUAGGCAGCCCACCCUGAUCCCCCUAACCCUCAAUGCAGACCCCCAGCCACAGCAGUCCCCGCAGCAGCUCUCCCCCACGCUGUCGCCCCCUCUCAACAUCCAGGCAGUGGCGAUGGAGGCCUUGACUCUGGAGCAACAGCUAUCCCAGUAUGCUUUCUUUAGCCAGCUGACAGUUCAGGCCCAGGCUCAAGUGCUUAAUGACCUGCAGCAGCAGGCCCUGCCCCAGGGCAUCAGGCUGAUCACCCUGGCCACCACCACUGCCCCAACAGCCACCCAGUCCUCCCCGGACAGCCAGAUCCAGACGCCCGCAAGCAUCAACGUCAACUCGUACCGCAAUCAGACAGGCUCUCCGGCCAAUCAGUCUCCAACCUCCCCAGUCUCCAAUCAAGGCUUCUCCCCAGGCUUCUCCCCUGGCGGCUCGCCUCAACACAUUCCGGUGGUGGGCAGUAUAUUUGGGGAUUCGUUCUACGAUCCGCAGCUUGCAUCUCGGCAGACCAAUGCUCUCUCCCACCAGCUCGAGCAGUUCAAUAUGAUUGAAAACCCCAUCAGCUCCAAUAGCCUAUACAGCCAGUGCUCCACCCUCAACUACACACAAGCAGCUAUGAUGGGCCUUACAGGGAGCAGCCUGCAUGACUCCCAGCAGUUGGGCUACAGUAGCCAUGGCAACAUCCCUAACAUCAUUCUCACAGUCACAGGUGAGUCUCCACCCAGCCUCUCUAAGGAGUUAACCAACUCACUGGCUGGUGUUGGAGAUGUCAGCUUCGAUGCGGACUCUCCCUUCCCAUUGGACGAGCUGAAGAUCGACCCUCUCACCCUGGAUGGACUGCACAUGCUCAAUGAUCCCGACAUGGUUCUGGCUGACCCUGCCACUGAGGACACGUUCAGGAUGGACAGGUUGUAAUGCAGAAUACUGGCUGUGGCCAACAACAAAAAAUAACCCUGGUAAGAAAGGGAAACGAGGCAUGGUGGGGGUGAAUCAUCUCCCCAGUUUCAUGGCCAUUCAGCUAUCUGAUCUCACCCUCAAGUCCUUUCAAAUAAUAUGCCAUCAAAAACCAUUGUAGAGAAGGACAUGCAAUGACUUGUUGGGUUUGGGAAGGGCAUUGCUGUCAUUUCCAAUGAGAUUGUUGGUUGGUCAGAGCUUUGCUAGCCUGCUACGUUUUAUUUAUAUAUAUAUACAUAUACACAUAUAGUUGAAGUUAGAAGUUUACAUACACUUGGGUUGGAGUCAUUAAAACUCGUUUUUCAACCAUUCCACAAAUUUCUUGUUAACAAACUAUAGUUUUGGCAAGUCGGUUAGGACAUCUACUUUGUGCAUGACACAAUUUUUCCAACAAUUGUUUACUGACAGAUUAUUUAACUUAUAAUUCACUGUAUCACAAUUCCAGUGGGUCAGAAGUUUACAUACACUAAUUUGACUGUGGCUUUAAACAGCUUGGAAAAUUCCAGAAAAUUAUGUCAUGGCUUUAGAAGCUUCUGAUAGGCUAAUCGACAUCAUUUGAGUCAAUUGUAGGUGUACCUGUGGAUGUAUUUCAAGGCCUACCUUCAAACUCAGUGCCUCUUUGCUUGACAUCAUGGGCAAAUCAAAAGUAAUCAGCCAAGACCUCAGAAAUAAACUUGUAGACCUCCACAAGUCUGGUUGAUCCUUGGGAGCGAUUUCCAAACGCCUGAAGGUACCACGUUCAUCUGUACAAACAAAAGUACGCAAGUAUAAACAAAAUGGAACCACGCAGCUGUCAUACUGCUCAGGAAGGAGACACAUUCUGUCUCCUAGAGAUGAACGUACUUUGGUGCGAAAAGUGCAAAUCAAUCCCAGAACAACAGCAAAGGACCUUGUGAAGAUGCUGGAGGAAACAGAUACAAAGUAUCUAUAGCCACAGUAAAACGAGUCCUAUAUUUAUUUAAUAUAUUUUUUUACCUUUAUUUUACUAGGCAAGUCAGUUAAGAACAAAUUCUUAUUUUCAAUGACGGCCUAGGAAGAGUGGGUUAACUGCCUGUUCAGGGGCAGAACGACAGAUUUUGUACCUUGUCAGCUCGGGAAUUUGAACUUGCAACCUUUCGGUUACUAGUCCAAUGCUCUAACCACUAGGCUACACUGCCGCCCCAGGACAUAACCUGAAAGGCCGCUCAGCAAGGAAGAAGCCACUGCUCAAACUGCCAUAAAAAAGCCAGACUACGGUUUGCAACUGCACAUGGGGACAGAGAUUGUACUUUGUGGAGAAAUAUCCUCUGGUCUGAUGAAAGAAAAAUGGAACUGUUUGGCCAUAAUGACCAUCGUUAUGUUUGGAGGGAAAAGGGGGAGGCUUGCAAGCCGAAGUACACAAACCCAACCGUAAAGCACAUGGGGUGGCAGCGUCAUGUUGUGGGGGUGCUUUGCUGCAGGAGGGACUGGUGCACUUCACAAUUAUGUGGAUAUAUUGAAGCAACAUCUUAAGACAUCAGUCAGGAAGUUAAAGCUUGGUCGCAGAUGGGUCUUCCAAAUGGAUAAUGACCCCAAGCAUACUUCCAAAAUCACUUAUGACAACAUAGUCAAGAUUUUGGAGUGGCCAUCACAAAGCCCUGACCUCAAUCCCAUAGAAAAUGUGUGGGCAGAACUGAAAAAGCAUGUGUGAGCAAGCAAGCCAACAAACCUGACUCAGUUACACCAACUCUGUCAGGAGGAUUGGGCCAAAAUUCACCCAACUUAUUGUGGAAAGCUUGUGGAAGGCAACUCUGAACGUUUGACCCAAGUUAAACAAUUUAAUGGCAAUGCUACCAAGUGCUAAUUGAGUGUAUGUAAACUUCUGACCCACUGGGAAUGUGAUGAAAUAAAUAAAAGCUGAAAUUAAUCAAUCUCUCUACUAUUAUUCUGACAUUUCACAUUCUUAAAUAAAGUGGUAAUCCUAACUGACCUAAAACAGGGAAUUUUUACUAGCAUUAAAUGUCAGGAAUUGUGAAAAACUGAGUUUAAAUGUAUUUGGCUAAGGUGUAUGUAAACUUCCGACUUCAACUGUGCAUAUCUUAUUACUUAUAUCCCACCGUGUCACAGUUGAACAGAUUUGAUCUCCUUCUGAUUUUAUUACAUUUCCGUUUUUAUUUUUUUAUUUUUUACAAAUACAUUUUGUGAUUUGAAAAGCAAAAAGCCACUAGGAAGGUGAGCUGCACCGUAUCUUUCAUGAAUACUGUGUACAAUAUUAUGAGCAACAUACAACAUCCAAGGUAUUUUUACCUUAUUAUUGAAAUGGAUUCUUUCCCUACCCACUAUAACAGCUUUAUACUUCACACUCGAAGCUUUAUUUUUAUUGACAACCGAAUGUUAAUAUUUGCGUUUAUGUAUGUUGGAUUGUUGUAUCUUGAAAUAUGUAUUUAUUGAAAUAUUUAUUCAUUUAGUUUUAAUGUCUUUUUUUAAAUUAUUGUUAGUGUUUUGAGUUCGAUACCAACAUUGCUCUGUUGUGGUCAUGUUGUACAUACUGCACUGAUGUAAUUUAUUCAUUUUUAACCUACAUACUGUAUUUAUUAAGCUACUCUGUUAACUUAAGGAGUACAAAUCCUCCCCAUAUUUGCUCAUAAGCUCUAACGAGUGCCAGUUGCUAAGACCGCUUGCUAGAUAGAAUUAGCUGCGGCCUCUCACAAUAUAGCAUAAGGUCUGCAGGUCUUUUUAUCACUUACAUGGGCCAGAAAUGGUUGGGUUUUGUCUUGUGCCAACUCUGUUGUUUUUAAGUUUGUCAUAAUUAAUGGGAAACAUGCACAACAGAUCCUUGCAUUUAGCAGCUGAUAAGGUGAAGCAAAUGUGACAAUGAAAACACUGUAAAGGCAAAUUCCCAAAACAAGAUGGCCAUAUUUUUCCUUUGAGUGUUGAAAAUGGAUAUCUUGAUUGAAUGCCUCCUGAAAAUCUGAAGGAUACAAACUCCUCAGAAACCUAUUGAACUUGUCACUGUGAAAUCACCUGAUUUUGCCUUACAUAUUGAGUGUUAUACUGUUUAAGUCUUAACUAAUGUGACAAUGUAUUUUCUUAACUUCUCGUAAGAUUUUCUUGUACUUGAGAGGACUUUUAACUCCUAGUCAGUGACCAUAUUUGUUAUGUAGUGUAAAGUUUGACAAAUCACUGUACUGUAUUUUUUACUGGUACACUUUCUAGCCAAAUUCUUGAUGAUUUUGUAAAAAGAAAAUCAAACGCUGGAUUCAAAUUUGUGAUGGAGAGUGCAAAUAUGGGUAGGGUUUCUGCUUCUUUGAAGGGAAAGAUUUUGGUAGAAAAUUGUAUGAAACAAUUACAAUAUUACUUAUAUUUGGUUAUUCCCUCCAGAUUAGGGCUGGUAGAAAACAAGCUGAACAUUCAGUUUUAUGCACCCAGUGAAAUUAGUCCCAAAAGACAUGUAGAACUUCACAAAAGUGGUUAAAAUUGAUGAGAUUUUGUCCAUACACCAAUUUGUAGAGCUGAAAUGCUUCUUGCUUUUUAUUUUACUCUAUCUUUCCCUCCGAUUCAUAUUCAAACAUUUUUGUUUUGAAAACUAAUAUAGUGGUUGGAAGUAAGUCACUAGAUUGGAAGUUGGUUAAAUUGGACGCUCUAUGGGCUGAGAUCGUUUUCAUACUCAAGGCGUUGUGUCAACUGUUUAUUUGUUUGAAGAACACUAUCAAACUUAUUUUUCAGUUCACCUUUGAAAUGUUGAUAGCUGUGUGGGAUCAUGUUUCUAUUGUACAAUGUAUUGUGUGUGUGUGUACAGAAAACAUAAAUAUGUUAAUUUAAUUUACCAAUGUGGGAAGAGGCAUAUUGCCCCAAAUAUAAUGUAAAUAUAACAAAAAAAGGAAUUAAGUAAAAAGGAAACAGUUUGUUUACUUCAUACCUCAAAGAAAUCUUGUUUUUGCAGACACGAUUUUAAGGGUUCAAGUUCAUUUUAUUCUUCAUUGCCUGUUGACUUGUUUAUUAAUCACAGACUGUUUGGCUUUAAUAAGAUUUGUGAUUCCUAUGCAAAUCAGAAUAAAACAUCUGACCAUUGCAUUAGAAUAGGAAAUAGAUAUAGAUGAUACUGUGUGUGUAUAUGUGUAUAUAUAUAUAUAUAUCACACACAAAAAACUUCACUUUGGGCCAAACUGCAAUACGCAUGUAUGAUACUUACAGUGCCAUUCAGAUUAUCUGCAAACAAAUGCUUGUUAAUUUUUCUUUGUCAAGACAAUUUUUUUGUACAUCCUGUACUGUACAUAGGCUAUAGCUGAAACAAAUCGACUGCAUGACAAAAAUGAAAGAGAACCUCAGAAAAAGGCCUUAAUUUGCUAAGCAGGAUGAUUUAAAUCAUGCUCUACAAUGUAAAACAGUGACACACCCAGUCAAAAAGGAUGUAUGUCAAUUGUUCCUAAUGAUUCACUUAAACAAUUUACUUUUCAGAGGACUGUGUUACCUCCAUUUCUGCAUAAUGCUAGCUCAUUGCUGAAAUAAGAAUGUAUUUGUGUAACAUAGUCAGUCUUGGAAUGUGUCUGUUUCACUGAUUGACAUGAACCAAAAGCAUUUUCAUUGAGUCCCUUUUUUCACCAUCUACUUCUUAUUCAGUUGAAUUGGCUGUUACUUGCUUUAGCGUCUAGUUCUUCACUGUAGCACCUCACUGUGUGUGAGUCAAAUUGUCAGUUGUUCCUAUAAUGCGAACCUAUUGAAAAUCCCGUUUUCAUAACACAUCAGAUGCCAAUUGAUUUCAGACCUCAAAGUUGUCUAACCUUGAGAUUAAUCUUCUUCUUCUUUUAAAGCGGGCUCAUGAGUUUGUGAGAACUUCCGUCAAAGUCGGAAUUGACUUUGAAUUUCCUGAUCCAGAAAGAGUUAUAGCCUAAUCAAAAACAAUGGCAACAAAUCAUCCAAGUCUAACCGGCUUCCUUGCAGGUAACUCAACUCAUAUCCUGAACUUGUAAAUUCACAUCCUUGUCAUGCUCUCCAGAAGGAUCACAUCAACAUGAUAUGUGUGGAUAAAAGCCCAAUAGUUGAUGUGAUUAUAGCAUGUAUGCUGUAAUUAGUUUGAUGCACUGAUACACUUCCUGUCAUCAAAUGACAGCCUCAAUUACUGGGCUUCAAGUGUAAACUGAGAGCCAAAGACUGCAACCAUGAUGGAAUAAGAGAGUACACAUUGUUUCCAUUCAUUUAAGACUGAAGCAUACCCUGAAUAUCUGGAUCUACAGAACAUAAGGCCAGGGGCAUGGACUCAUUUUGACGUAAGACCACUGUUGAAAUAUAGAAACUUCUGUUGAUUUUGGAGUGAACUUACACUAAUGAUCUGGCAAGAGUCAUAACAGUUUCACGAGCUACUUAAAAAUGGCACUUAUCCAGCUGCUAUCAAAUAUAUUGGCACCGUUGAACGAUUCCAUUUAUUCUCAUCAGCUGAAAUUUAAGAAAACUGUUGGCGUUAACAAGUGUUUUUGAUUUAAAGCUGCACGGGACCAAGAAACCAAACAUCCAAACUGAAAUUAAGAUUUAUUACAUAAAUGUAAAAAAUGGCUUGGACUAAAUUAUUUAACAUUUAAAUUAGUUUGUUUGGAGGAAAGUGAUUCUUGUUAAGGUUGUAAUUUAUCUCCACCUGUGGUAAGUUCCAGGUGCCUUGGUAAAAAAGAAAUAACAUUCAACCAGUUUUUUUUUUUUUUAAGAGAACAGAACCUUCUGCUCCAUUGUAAAGUGCAAGGGUGACAAUAUAUUCGACUGCAACUGUACUCCGUAUUGGCAGUAAAACUUGACUUGACAGUCGAGCUUACUGUCAGUUGCAUGGCAUGACUGAUGUUAUAAGUGGUCCCUAUUGUUGAUGCUGGUUUAUUGCAAAUGAUUCAACAUUAUCUUGUUGACUUCAGCAAUAUGAACUAUGGCUAGUUAGCUAACCUAAAUUGAGGCAUGUGCCAUCAUGACUGCCGAAUCAAGUCUAAACUGAUAUCAGUUACUGUGACUGCAUAAGACAUAUUUUAAGUAAGGUUUAUGACACGUUUUUAUGUUGUAUGUGUUCUUAUUCUGUUGCUUUUUCACUUUAUUUGUGGCCAACUGCCUUGUGAAUGUGAACGGUGGCUGUUCUGUCAAUGCUGACUGUUGUACCCUCAAGCAUAUUAUCUUUUUUUUUUUAAGCCUGUAACAGUGUGGAAGUGUAUUCCUUAUUUUGUAAUGCAAAACCAGAAAGGGCUUAUUCCAAUGCAGCUUGUUUUCCAAUCAUGUUAAAAAAGGAAUAGCACUCAAUGUAUAUUUAUUUUGUGAUGUGGACUCCUGUUUUGACAGUAAUUAUUACAAUACACUGACUGAAGUGAGCAUGAAAGGAAUUCAGCCUUGUGGGAAUUGGUGAGCAGUAUCUUGAUUCUCACUAAGCUUACUGUCACUGCCAGAGUACCUGUCCUCAUACAUUCUCUCAACUAAAGGUGAAUGAAAAGGAUAAUUAUAUUUUCUGUCCCAUAAUUUGAAAUGGAUUAAUAUAAAUCAAAAUCAUUUCCUCCUGUAGAACCGUGCAGUUGAAGUUGGGUACCCUAAAAUGCCACUUUUGGCAAGUAUUUCCAAUUCAUAAUGUAAAAAUCUCUCUUAUAGGGAAUUCCCUGGUCAGCUUUAAGUGGGUAUCACAUAUUUAACUAUUGUCCUGUAAAUCAUAUUCUGAGAUGUAAAGUAAUUAUUUGUUUCUAUGUGAAACUCCUUUUAUGUGACCCCUUUGUAAGAUACACUGAAUGUGGGAGGCAUUUCUUCUCUGUACAUAGUCUCGAUUUUGCAGAAUAUAUAAAUGAAAAAUGUCAUUUCACCAAGGUUUGCUAAGUGUGGACAUGCAUGACGUUUGAACUAUUCUAUAUUUUGUUGUCCUUGUUAUGUUGUUUUAUAUUUUGUAAUCUGUAUUUCUGUAUGUGUUUUUAAAAGAUAAUUUUGAAUACCUGUUUUUGUGAUUUUCAGUCCCAAACUUUUGAUCAGUACUCAAAGCAGUUUCUCAUGACUUCGGUUUCUGUCUAGUCAGUAGUGAGGAGAAAGUGUAAACCAGUUUUGACCUAAAGGUAAGUCUUAUAUAUUCAGUAUAUGCUAAAGCAAAAUAACAGUUGUGUGGUUCAACAUUUUAUUAAUUGAUCACAUGCAAUCUAAUGCAUAGCCCCCCCCCCCCCUCAAAAAAAAAGUUAGUCCGCUCACAAUGUAAUUCACAUUUUCUGUCCACACCCUGAUUUUUCAAAACACACAACUAUCCUCACAUUUCUAUAUUGUUGACAGAGUAGUAGUAGACAUAAAGAAAAGUCCCCUGAGAACUGGAAUUAUUGGGGAGCAAAUGUCUCCGGAAAAUGUUGUCAUUGCUGGUGGUGACCAAUAUGUCAGCCUCCAUUUUGCUGAGUCACAUCUCACAGGGUCCUUCUAAAAAAUAUUCAAUAUGGGCCCAAUUCCGAACCGAGUUAAGCGUGCUUAAAUGGAAGUAGUAAUUCCAUUUUUAUGCACUUUUCUCUAUGCUUAUUCUGACCUUGAACUUAAGCAUGAGAAUAGCAUGCUGUUCACCUGCUAUUUGUUUUGGGUGGAGAUCAAAUAAAUGAUGGUGUGUCAACAGACGCUGUAUUCUGA